AUGGCCGACAGACGCCCGUCUCAAACAGUCCCUGUGGGUCUUCGUCGUGAGAGCUCCGUGGCAAACGGAAGCCUAUUUCGCUUUGAAGAAGGAUUUUACUCCACCCAAGACCUUCCCGGGCUUUGUCCUGAGCUGGAAUCAAACAUGGAGCAGCUCACGGUACAAAAGUCGAAGAACCAGACAACACAGACAGAGCUCUCGGCACCCCCACCGAUCCAUCAGUCCUCGGAGGAAAAGUCCCUCAGGAGCUUCCGAACAGCGCUACCGCCACCCUCGCUCUCCUCGGAGUCGUCUAUGACGGAUCUCAAGGCUCACCAGGAGCCCGAGUUCCCGGAAAAGAAGGGAUGCAGAGUCUAUCGAUUCUUGAGGUGGAAUGUUGGUUCCAUGUACAAGAGGAUCUUCACGGUAGCCUUUUUGGGUAAUGUUGCCACCAUUAUUGUUCUGUUGGUCCAGAACCUCAUCGAUGGCUCUGGCCUGACUUAUGGUGAAGCUGGCACUGCUGUGGCGUGCAACAUUCUCAUGGCCAUGAUCGUCCGGAACGAGCAUAUCGUCAACGGAGUCAUCACUGUGUUUGGCGUCUGGCCCCGCCGGCUCCCACUCCGACUUCGACACUUCUUCGCCAAGGUGUACUGCUACGGUGGAAUCCACAGUGGGUGCGGGGUCGCCGCGACAUUCUGGUAUAUGGUAUUCCUCGGACUUAUCACCCGUGACUACGUAAACUCGGACAUGACAGUCAUCCGGAGCCACAUCCUCGAGGUCAGCUACGCUAUUCUGUUCCUCCUUGUCAGUAUUCUCGUCUUUGCCUACCCGACCAUUCGCAUCGCCACGCACAACUGGUUCGAAGGGAUCCAUCGCUUCAUGGGAUGGUCUGCCACUCUUCUUUUUUGGGUUCAAACCUUCUUGGUUGCCGCAGACACCGCCCAGACCGCCAACAUCCCAUACUGGAAGGCCCUUCUCCAGACUCCCGCAUUUUCCAUCCUCAUCUGUAUUACCUCGCUCGUCAUAUAUCCAUGGGCCCGCUUGCGGCUCCGUGAUGUCGAGGUUCAGCCCCUGUCCAGCCACUGUGUGAAGCUCAACUUCACCUACACAACAGGCUGGUACGGCCAAGCAGUCCGACUCGCGGACUCGCCCCUCAAGGAAACACACGCAUUCGCGUUGAUUCCCAACACCACGACCGAGACGGAGAUGAAGCGUGGCAAGCCGCAGAACCUCACCUAUGUCGAUAAGAAGGGCUUCUCGGUCAUCAUCUCCAACGCUGGCGAUUGGACCCGCCGCAUGAUCAACAAUCCGCCUCGCCAGAUUUACUCGCGUGGUGUUCCGCAAGACGGUGUCCUCCGCAUUGCGCUCAUGUUCAGGCCCUGCCUCAUUGUCGCUACUGGCUCGGGUAUCUCACCCUGCCUUUCUCUCUUCAUCGAUCAGCCGACGCAUCCCGUGCGGGUCGUCUGGGCUACCAAGGACCCCCUCAAGACUUUUGGCAAGCCGGUCCUGGACACAAUCUACGGGGCCGACCCCAACGCCGUCGUCAUCGACUCUCGCAAGGAUGGGCGGCCGGACGUUGUCAAGCUUGUCUACCAGGUCUGGAAGAACAGCGGUUCGGAACCCGAGUGCGGGUUCGAGACUGCGGCGACAGCGGCCGGAUACGAGUAUCAACGGAGUAAGACGGCGGGUCUGGGGCGCUGUCAAGCUGUGAUCAUCAUCUCCAAUCAGACAGUGACGAGGAAGGUGGUUUACGGGCUUGAGAGCAGGGGUGUGCCAGCUUAUGGUGCGAUCUUUGAUUCAUAG